UUGGGCGACGAACAACCGCAGAUCAAUGGGCAGCAACGGCGUCUCCUUCCUCCCCUGUCUUCCCGGCGAACUCGUAGCAGCGGUGGAGAUGGCGGGCAGUAGUGGCGGUCUCCUCCUCCCCGUCCGGCGCGAGCAACAUGAAGCGGUGGUGAGGUCGGCGGUCAUUGUUCUCUCCGGCAAAGCUCUCCCAGCAGUAAAUGGUGGCCGGCAUUGGACGGUGGAUGGCGGUGCGAUGCUAGUUCGGGCAAAGUGCUUUUGGCAGAGAUGGAUUAAUGUUUCCUGUUUGUUUUGUAAGAAAAGGUCAGGGCAUUUGAUGGAAAAUCGAACUUGGGAUAUGUUUCUAGGACUCACAUUGCCUUGGGCAUAUUCACUCAACCUUUUAAGGUUUUGAACUGUACAACUCAGAGAAUGUCUCGAGCAGUCAUAUCGAGUGGUUAACUAGGUUAACGCCUCAA